AUGUUGUCCAGGACAGCACACAGACUCGAGACAUCUUUGCUGCUGUCUCGCCAGAGUCUACCUCGUCCGGCACGAUUCCCCCCUCCUCAACGUCAUCAACACCGCCCAGCUCGUCAAUAUUCGACGCCCUCGACACCGUCGCGCGCUCCGGCAACCGCGACCGCUCAGCUGCCAACUCAUGACUUCCCCGCUUACAUGCAGCCCUCGACGUCGUCGAGCGGGCAGAGCUCAUCGCAAAAGCUGGGCUCGAGCGACAUCUUGAGCCCCUUCCUGGCGCGGUUAGAAUACACGAUUCUGCCAACACCUCUGCCAACGGACGAGCACAAGCACGACCCGGUCUUCGUGUCGACUGCUGUCCAAGACCAGAUAGCAGUCAUGGACGCCUGUCUUCGAGACUUGUACAACGUGAAGCGAGGCAAGGGCCUGUUUGAGAGACUGCGGGCAGAGAACCGGGCGGUGCUGCACACGGACAUCUACAACAAUGUGCUGUCGGCAUACAUGGGUAUGGCGGAAAGGACAGAGUUGUCGAAACCAAGGCAGGAAUGGUUCGUGGACGCUUGGACGUUGUUCCAUUCAAUGGUUUCUGGGAAGGAGGGCAUUGCACCCAAUUCCUCGACAUUUGCCAGGAUGAUCGCGGGGUACCACCAUCUCAAAGACUCGCUAAUGGACUUGUCCGUUCCUGACCGCAUACCCCAACCAAGUUAUGGUGCUUUCCUGAGUAUGAUGGAACGAGCCCAUGUCGACGCCGUUGAGGUUCUCGCAAACCCCCUCAUUCCGGAUGAAGUCGCACCGACAAUCGUCUCUGAAUUUUCAAAAGCGGCGUUGGAUGCCAACAAGAUUGACAUCGUUAAUGAGUUGGCGAAGGCCACCGUAAUCGCUUCCGGUCAGGCAGACACAGUGCCAGAAGCUAUGGCUACAAGGAAACCUCUCAAGGAUGGCUCGUUUGCAGAUGUGCCUUUCAACAUCAAGAACCUUCGUGACCACCUCGCCAACGUCGCCUUCGCCCGCCAAACGCUCCCGGACAAUAUCAUCGACCGCCAACGACACCUUGAAUUGUCUGCUUACACGAUGGAAGAAGGGAGGAUGAAGGCACAGCACGAAACCCUCGACCAACUUGGCAUCGACACUCGUUUCCGCGACAAGGUUCUUCAAGAAAUGAUGUACGGCUGGCACGAAAAGCUCAAAAAGCGCGUCGCAGAACUUGUCUCGCAGAUCGAGAAAGAAGAAGCGGCCGGCAAGUAUCGGUUGAAACCAAAGGCCGAGCUUGCCCCUUACCUUGCCUUGGUGCAACCCGAGCGACUCUCCAUGAUCACCAUCCUCGAAGCGAUGCGGUUAUGUGGUUCCGGAGGCGUCGCAUCUGGGAUGAAGUCGACGCGGGCGUUGGUUAGCAUUGGGAAGGCCGUGGAGAUGGAGUACAAGGCGCGCGUCUGCAGGAAGAACCGGAUUGUCAUUCCAGAUGUGUCGCGUCCCGACACGCAGGAUGUUUUCAGCUCGCUCGGCUACUCGAAUCUCCAUGAGCGUCGACUGGCAGCCGCGAAGCAGAUGACCGCAGGAGAGUCCUGGACCGCACCAUGGUCGCAGACGACUCGUGCGCAGAUUGGUGCCUUGCUCAUGGAGGUGUUGAUGCAAGUUGCGACAGUCCCCCAGACUGCGGUGAACGAAGAGACUGGGGAGGUCUUGACUGAGGAGCAUCCGGCAUUCUUCCACUCUUACGAGUAUAUGCGGGGCACGAAACUCGGAGUCAUCAAGGUCAACCAUGCAGUGUCUGAGCGAAUUGCCAAGGACGUUCUGAAAGGGACGAUCCAUCCACGACAUCUUCCUAUGCUCCAUCCUCCUAAACCUUGGGUCCGCGCCAACGAGGGCGGCUAUCUCUACACCAAGACUCCUCUCAUGCGGUAUAAGGAAUGCGUCGAGCAAGAGAAGUACCUCCAUGAGGCCAUCCGCAAGGGCAACAUGGAAGCCGUUAUGGCUGGUCUCAACGUGCUCGGUCGUACACCAUGGAAGAUCAACAAGAAGAUUUUCGACGUUGUUCUCACCAUCUGGAACAGUGGCGAAGGUGUUGGCAAGUUGCCUCCGGCGAAGCUCGAUGAGCCUGAGCCCCAACCUCCGCCUGAAGGGGAGAAUGAUGUGAGAGCAAGGGCCAUCUACCUCCAGCACCACAAGCAGUGGUCACAGAACGUCGCAAACAACCACUCUGAGCGGUGUAGUACAAACUAUAAGAUCGAAAUCGCCCGUGCUUUCCUCGACGAAACCAUCUACUUCCCUCACAACCUCGAUUUCCGAGGCCGCGCCUACCCUCUGCCUCCUCAUCUGAACCACAUCGGUGACGACUUGUCUCGUGGCCUGCUUCUCUUCCAAGAAGCCAAGCCUCUCGGAGAGCGUGGUCUGCGGUGGAUGAAGAUCCAUCUUGCCAACUUGUACGGUUUCGACAAGGCUGACUUCGACGAGCGUGUUCAUUGGGUGCAUGAUCGUCUUGAUGACAUCAAGGAUAGUGCCAAGAACCCUCUGACUGGCCGAGGAUGGUGGAAGAAGGCCGAUGACCCCUUCCAAUGUCUCGCCACUUGCAUGGAACUGACCGAAGCUCUCGAAUCGCCCGACCCUCUCGCCUACAAGUCCUGCCUCCCUGUUCACCAAGACGGUACCUGCAACGGUCUUCAGCACUACGCCGCCAUGGGUGGUGACGCCCAGGGUGCGCAGCAAGUCAACCUUGCCGCCUCUGACCGCCCCUCCGACGUGUACACCUUCGUCGGAAACAAGGUCGACAAACUCGUCAACGAGGACGCGGCCAAGGGUGACCGCCUGGCUCAACUGCUGCAAGGCAAGAUCACGCGUAAAGUCGUGAAGCAGACGGUCAUGACGACUGUGUACGGUGUCACCUUUGUCGGUGCGCGAGAUCAGAUUGAAGGCCAAUUGAUCGACCGUGGCGAUAUCCCCCUUGAAGAGUGUUGGAACGUCGCUGGUUACCUUGCGAAGAAGGUGUUGCACUGUAUUGGUGACACUUUCCAUGGUGCCCGCUCCAUCCAGAACUGGCUCAACUUGUGCGCUCGCCUCAUCUCUAAAUCUGUUUCGCCCGACCGCUUUGCACAAGCGACGGAGAAGUACACGAAGAAGAAGGAGGCGGCGAAGGCGAGUAAGGCCAAGAGGAAGGCAGCUGAGAGCGAGGAGGCUGCCGGUGUGGAAGUGGCACCCGCGGUGGGGAAGAAAUCAAAGAACAAGACUGUGGAUGUGGCCAAGUUGAUCAAGAAGGAACAGAUGACUUCGGUUAUCUGGACGACGGCCCUUGGGUUGCCGGUUGUGCAGCCUUAUAGGAAGACGUCGAGGAAGCAGAUUAUGACCAACAUUCAGAGUGUGUUCAUUUCGGACCCUAAUAUUCCCAACGAAGUGAACGCGGUCAAGCAAGCUUCGGCCUUCCCUCCCAACUUUGUGCACAGUUUGGACGCAACGCACAUGUUGUUGUCCGCUUUGGAGUGCAACAACCAGAAACUGACCUUCGCCUCUGUGCACGACUCGUACUGGACACACGCUUGCGACGUCGACGCCAUGUCCGAAAUCAUCCGCGACACCUUCAUUGAGCUCCACUCGACCGAUGUGCUCGGCCGACUCUACAACGAGUUCAAGCAACGCUACAAGGGCUACCUCAUCCCCGCCUACUACCUCCAAUCGCAAGAGACCCUCCAACACAAGCUCUACGAAGCCGGUACCCGUCUCAAGGUCCGCCCAGGACAGAACUUGGCCGGCCUUGAGAAGCUCAUCGAAGUCUCCGAGUCUGAUUCGGAGGUUUCGACUGUCAAGGAGGAAAACCUCCUUGGACCGUCGGCGACGAAGGAGGAGGUUGUCAAGGCUGCUGAGGAGUUGGCGGCUAGCGACGCUGAGGAGGAAGGCGGCGGACGGGGCGCGAAGAAGCCGAUUCCUAACCCCGAGUUGGUGAACAAGUUUUUGGAUGUGACGGAGCUUUUCCCGCCGCUGCCUGAGAAGGGUAGCUUCAAUGUGGCGGAUAUUAGGAAGUCGGCGUAUUUCUUCUCAUAG